UCCCAACCAACAAGUGGAAAAGAAAAGAAAAUAGCUCCACGUCGGGGAAGAUUUUCAGGCGAAGCUCAGAAAUCGCGGGCUCAAAACGCGCCGGCUGAUCGUCUCCGCCGCCGUCUUCCUUCGCACUUUCCUCCGCUCCUCUCGCGGGCGGCGCCGUAGUUGUUGGUCAACUAGUCGACUACUACUUCUUCUUAGAAUCUCUGUCGCCUCAGACCAGAUCGUGCGCGGUAUCGCUGAAAUCGUGCGGGAGAGGGAAACGCGAACGCCGGUAGAUCGGAGGAGGGCUCGUCUCUUUUUCCGACUAUCACCACCUCUCCGCCUAAUCUGUUUCCGUCUCUGUCGAUCCGUUGCUGUUCAUUCUCCGCAUUUGUGAGGACGUCGGUGAAAACCCUAGCAAGCAAUCAUGGCAUCUAUCGACAAUUUUACUGACAAAGAUGCAGUGUUUAGGAAACUCAGAGGAAAAUCUGAGAACAAAAUGUGUUUUGAUUGUAAUGCAAAGAAUCCUACGUGGGCUUCUGUAACCUAUGGGGUCUUCCUCUGCAUCGAUUGUUCUGCUAUUCAUCGUAGCCUUGGUGUGCAUCUGACUUUUGUAAGGUCCACGACUUUAGACUCAUGGACGCCAGAGCAGUUAAAGAUGAUGACUUUGGGUGGAAAUAACCGUGCAAAUGUGUUCUUUAAGCAGCAUGGCUGGACAGAUGGGGGUAAAAUUGAGGGAAAAUAUACAUCUAGAGCUGCAGAUUUGUAUAGGCAAAUUCUCUCAAAGGAGGUUGCAAAAAGUGUUGCCGAAGAUGUGGCCCUGCCAUCGUCGCCAGUUUCUUGUCAGUCUGCUGAAGGCACAAAUGGAUUGCUUGAUGUGACUAUAACUGACUCUUCUAAAGAACCAUCAUUAGAAAAGCAGGAAACACCUGUGGUAGCUACUUUGUCAGCACCCCCUUUAAAAGUCCAUCCAGUAGUUACCACUUCUACAGUCAAGAAGCCUCUUGCAGCAAGGAAAUCUGGGAAGACUGGGGGUCUUGGUGCCAAAAAGCUCACCACAAAGCCAAAUGAAAGUCUCUAUGAUCAGAAGCCUGAAGAGUUACCUCUUCCUGUUCCAUUGUCUUCGACUGGCAACCCAAAAACUGGGGCAUCUCUUACAUCUCGUUUCAAGUAUGUAGACAAUAUCCAGCCCUCGGAUAUGGUUCCUGGUGGACAACGAGUGAUUAGCCAUGUUUCUGCACCAAAGUCAUCAAACUUCUUUGCAGAUCUUGGAAUGGAUAGUGGUUUCCAGAAAAUAGGGAACUCAAGUUCCUCUAGAGUGCAAAUUGAGGAGACGGAUGAAGCUAGGAAAAAGUUCUCAAAUGCCAAGUCGAUUUCAUCAGCUCAAUUUUUUGGCGAUAAGAAUAAAUCAGCUGAUGUUGAUGCUCAAGCUUCUUUGGAGAAAUACUCGGGUUCUUCAUCCAUCUCAAGUGCGGAUCUUUUUGGUCGCAGCAACGACAAUGCAACCAUCGAUCUUACUGCAAGUGACAUGAUCAACCGGCUAUCUUUCCAGACACAACAAGAUAUUGCCUCGUUGAAGAACAUCGCUGGAGAGACGACGAAGAAGCUCAGCUCCUUAGCAUCGUCAUUGAUGACAGAUCUUCAAGACCGAAUCCUUUGAUAUGAAAUGCAUUUCAAAACACAUCUGGAAACCAUAGGAAAAAGUCCUGCUUGCUGCCAUUUGGUAUGUGGUGGGAAGCCAAGUAUAAAGACACCAAAAAUAGUUGAGUUGAGAAUGUUUGAAGUUCCCAGAGGAUGUAGUUUUAUUAAUUUUUGAACCGUUGGUCGGGAGAUUUGUAUAGUGAGAAGCCAUCUUUUGCUGUCUGGUGUGUGUUUUGUGGGGGGGAAAAUCCAUGUUUGUGAUGACCCAUGAACUAGAACGGUUGGUGGCAUUUGUAGCAAGUUCUUUGUACUACCAUCAUCUGAAAAAAUAAGUCCUUGUACACUUUUCAAGCCCUUUCAUGGAAAAAUUAACCCUAAUUCUCAAAUUCGCCAUCUUUAAGACGUUUCCCCCUUCAGUGCAAGGAAAUAUAUUAAGCCACUGGCAAGAUGGGAUCUAGCUAGGGCAUAAAAUAUAAUAAUGACAGUGCAACAUUUAAGUUGGUACAUGUAUGUGUGAAGAGCAGAUGAUUUCCUAAUGCUGUUUAUCAGGGAGGGUAACAAGGUGGCCCUUUUCCUGGAGGGAUUUGACAGUUUCAUACAAGCAUUGCUUCACUGGUGUGAACUCCAACCCUAGCUCCUUCAGCUUCUGGCAGUUGAACUUGUGUGGUUUUGCUCUUGGGUUCUUCUCAUCCGAGCACUUGGUGGGGAGAGGAUACUCGGGGAACAUCUCGGCGAGGAUGUCGACCACCUCGCCGCGGUGGAUGACGCUGUCGACGCAGAGGUAUCGGCCGGAGGCAGACUGGGCCUCGAACACGAGAACGUGGGCUCGGGCGACGUCUCUGACGUGGACGUAGCCUUGAACCGCGUUGGCGUAGGUGUUGACCCAUCCGGCUAGGUACUUGAGGAUGUGGACGCUGCUCGCGUUGACGCUCGACUGCAGCAGCGGACCCAACACCACGACCGGAUUCACCGCCACCAGAUCCACGGCCAUCUCCUUCGCCAGCUUCCAGGCCGU